AUGAGAUCCAAGUUCAAGGACGAGCACCCCUUCGAGAAGCGCAAGGCCGAGGCCGAGCGCAUUCGCCAGAAGUACACGGACCGUAUUCCUGUCAUCUGCGAGAAGGUCGAGAAGUCGGACAUCGCCACCAUCGACAAGAAGAAGUACCUGGUCCCCAGCGACCUCACCGUUGGACAGUUUGUCUACGUGAUCCGCAAGCGCAUUAAGCUUUCGCCUGAGAAGGCCAUCUUCAUCUUCGUCGACGAGGUCUUGCCCCCAACCGCCGCCCUCAUGAGCAGUAUCUACGAAGAGCACAAGGAUGAGGACGGUUUCCUCUACAUCACUUACUCGGGCGAGAACACCUUCGGCGAGGCCGUUUGA